AGGCGGGGCGCGGGGUGGCUCGGACUCCGGCAGCGCGCCCUCCGCCGGCCCCGCCAGCGCAGCCUCCCCGCCCGGCGCCCAGGGCGCAGGCUGCCCCUGACAUGCUCUGCCCCAGCGAGGAGGAGCCGUCGUGUUAGUGCCCCGAAGACAAACGGACGCCUGGCUGGAGAGACACAGAAAGGCUCUCACUGCUGCCCCGACCCCAGGGUGGACAUCAAGGUGGCACCGGAUCCUAGGAGUCCGGCCCACAGCACUGGAUGAGAAUUCUGCUGUGGUCUAGGGAGCACUGAUCUGGCCCGGCAGCAUGGACUUUGUAAUGAAGCAAGCGUUAGGGGGGGCCACCAAGGACAUGGGGAAGAUGCUGGGUGGAGAGGAAGAGAAGGAUCCCGAUGCUCAGAAGAAGGAGGAGGAGCGGCAAGAAGCCCUUCGCCAGCAGGAAGAGGAGCGGAAGGCCAAGCACGCCAGGAUGGAAGCCGAGAGGGAGAAGGUCCGGCAACAGAUCCGGGAUAAGUACGGCCUGAAGAAGAAAGAGGAGAAGGAGGCAGAGGAAAAGGCGGCGAUGGAGCAGCCAUGCGAGGGCAGCCUGACGCGCCCCAAGAAAGCCAUCCCGGCCGGCUGCGGGGACGAGGAGGAGGAGGAGGAGGAGAGCAUCCUGGACACGGUGCUCAAGUACCUGCCCGGGCCCCUCCAGGACAUGUUCAAGAAGUAACAGCCCCGCGCCACCCGCCAGCCCCGGCCCACCCCCACACACUGGGGCGCACUGGACGGGGGCGGGGGGGAUUUUCAUUUAUUUUAUUUCAUUUGGUUUUUGUUCCAACUCAGUUUCGAAGGGAAGAUCCCUGAUGUGUCCCCUGUGCCCAGAACCCCUCACUUCUCCAGUGGGGCGGACGAGGCAACCAGACCAAAACCCAACCCCCCCCUGCUGAGCUCCAGGCAGCCGGAGCCCCAGGCCAGGCAUUGCCAGGAGCCCAGGGAUCCCCCUUCCUCCCUCGCCCCUCAGCCAUACGGAGUCAGAGUUCUGUUGUGCCAAAGUGCCAGCCGGUUGCUUGGCAAAUCCCCCCGGGCGUGGGAGGCGAACUGGGACCAAAUUCACUGCAGUAACCUCAUGUCGGGUGGAGGGUGGGGCAGAUGGCAGGGAAAGGCAGGACUCUGCCCGCUCUCCAUGCCCGCUCUCUGCCCUUCACUAACUUCAGACAUUCCUCAGUCCCAUGCUGCCUGCCUACUGCCAGGGGUUAGGGAUGUGCUGGCAUCAGGAGAGCACCCGCAGGCUGGGGGCUGUGCCCCCACAAUCCCGGCCCUGCCUGCAAUCAGCCCACGGAGCAAAGUAACCGUGGCCCGCUCCAGCUCUCCAGCUGGCGGCCGUAGAUGUUCUGCCGGGCCAGGUUCCAGGGGCCAUCCUGGGGGCUGGCGCGGAGGGGACACGGUGGGCUACAGGGCUGGCUCCCAGUGGUGCCGCCCCACAACUCUGCCCCUCCGCUGCUCUGCCCAUUUCUGUUGCAUUUUGUUUGGGCUUCAGGAAGAGGCUGUUGGGUCCAGCCCCUCCACUGGUGCUGGGCAGCCACACACUGCCCCUCGCCUGCUGCAGCAAGCACCGGGGAGAGCCCUGGAGCAGGGGCUGCAGUACACAGGGGGACAUGUGGACUCCCCAGAUAACCCUGCCCUGGGGCAGCAGGGCAGUUGGUGGGACUUGGGGGGCCAGAAGGAAAGAUGAGGCCUUCUCACCAUUCUGCCUCUGCCCCCAACCCCUCCGCGAGCCCAGGCGUGACCCCAGCCAUGCCUGUGCCCCGGGAGUCACGUCCCUCACAUGUCUCCAGCCAAGCCCAGCCCGCAUGGGCGUCCCUGGCCGAGCUCAGCCCUUGGGGGGUCAAGCCAAGCACCCUUUGCCAUAUUCAAGACCCUGCCCAUUAGGGCAAAUGGUUGGGGAGGAGAUAUAUAAAAAACCAAGGGCCAGAGCUGGGCCCAAGGAACUGGGGGUUCCUGCCUCCCCUCCAAGCCCCACUGCACAGGGAAGGGGGGGGUCUGGGUCUGAUCCAUGGAGCCCAGAGGGCGGACGCAGCACUUAGCCCUCCAGGUGCCCCCUACCCAGCGAUUCCCAUUAUAGCAGGGCUGCCAGCACCUGUCUCCCCAGCACUGCCCUGAACUGGCUGCAGGCAGCCCAUGGCAAGGCUGAGCAGCUUCCAGGGGGGUCCCACUCAGCACACUUCGCACCUUGGCCCUUGCCCACAUUCCUGCUAUGCCCAUCACUGUGGUAUCUGGGCACCCAUGCCCACUGACAUACACCAAGCUCUGGCUGGAGGGACCCGUCCUUCUGCCACGCUCAGCCCCUGCUGGUAUCUCUGGCGCAUGGCUCCCGCCUCUGGGUGCCAAUCCGCCCCUGCAUGGCUCCAGGGAGCUCCCCCCAUCACCAGGGCAAACCUGCCCUGGCUCUUCCCUCCACGGCAGCACCAGCCCGCCCAGGGACACAGGCAGCCUCUCUGCCAAGCCAGGCAGAGCGAAGCGGCUGAGAGCUGCCCGCCCUAGCUCUCACCAGCAGAGACAGUCGUCCCCCCACAUGCCCUGAGGCGGGUUCAGACGCCCGGGACUUGUCUCCUGUUUCCCAAAGGGGUUUCUUUGCUUGGGCUGGGAGUUCCCAAUUGCAUCCCAGGGUUUCCCUUUUCCAGGGGUUUUGUUUCUGCGUGCGGGUUGAGUUUGAGAGAAGCCACAAAGUUUCCCUCCGCGUCUGUGUCCUUCUCCGAUAGUUAAAGCCAUAUCAGUUAGACUGCAAUACUUCAACGCAUGCCAGCGAGCCGCGCCACCACGCUCCAAGCCUGUGCAAAGGAGCAGAACCAGGCGGGAUCCCCCGACCCUCAGUGUCCACGUCUCAAGCCACCAUUGGCCCAUGUGUGUUUCCGCAUUAGUGUUUGUGUAACAGGGUAAACUCCCCCCAACCCUCUCAUCUUGUCUGCUAGUCACUGCACCAGAUGGUCACCACAUGGCCCCAGGGACCCCAGUGCCGGAAGGGCCAAUGGGGGCCAGGACUAGGAGGGGAGGGCACUGCGCGGGGUGACGGCACUGGCCCUUUGGCACCCGCAUCCAGGGCUGACAAGAGCAGGGGAAUGGGGGGACAAUUGAGCUGGGGACCUGAGGCCAGGCGGGGGGGACACAAACAAUCUGUGUGUGUAAUAUCUGUGUACAUAAAGUGAACUGGGAGGGGGUGGGGCUGCAGUGACCAUGUGGUGCCAGGAUCGCACCUCUCCCUGUCGUGUGAUGGGCCUGCCCAUCACGCGUUGUGCAGUGAAGCACCAUGCAUUGCAGCACAGUUGCUGUGCAUUUUCCCCACGUGCCUGCAAGGAGGGAGGGUGGGGGUCACCUGCUGUGCUGCCCAGGGCUCCCCCCAGCUCAUUUCAGCUGCUUCCAUUGUCUGACGCUCCCACGGCUGAAUGGCUGAUGUCUGCAACCUGCAAUAAACACAAACUCUACCAUGGGGCAAAGGGCUGAUUCGCCAGACCCGGGCUCCCCCUGGGGUGGCCUGCGUUUGGUUUAUACUUUUACCACUAGACCGAGAGGUCUGUGACCCUCUGCAGAGAAGGGUGGCUGGAGCCGGCAGCGCAUCUGGCCUAAGCAGCUGCACUUCAGGGCCUGGUGAGACGAGGGGCCGGCCAGCAGCUCACAAGGCCAAGGCCCUUCAUCUAGGGUGGGUACGUGAGGACCCCCCUGCUCCUCAAAGGAGCUGCAGGCCCAGGACACAGCAGCAGGGUUUCUCCUGGUUGUGCCACAAGGGCGUUUCAAAGGGGCUCGAUUCUUGUCACAGGCUUUUCCUGUGUCCUGGAAACUAACAGGAGAGAACCGCCAAUCUUGUGUGUGUGUGUGUGUG